AGUUUAAGGAAGUUGUACUCCAGUCUAGUAGGUGGUGGUAAUGCAACCUUUUUGGGAUGCCAACCGCUUAUAAACCUCAUCGAAAAAUAUCCGUGACCUGGAAGUACUUCCUUAUUCCUACCUGCUUCAUAGCGGGCGUCAUACUUGGAGGCUGCUGCUGCGUGUUUUUUUUCUAUCAAAACAUGAACCUUAGUUCAAUUAGUUAACCUGUAUUCAUACGAAGAUUAUUUCGUUUACAAUGUACAUUUUAUCAAUAUUACUUUAAAAAGUUGUAAGCCAAAGGUUGGACACGUUGUUUUCCUGGCGACUGUGUUAUAUUGUGCUAACUAACGCGUUAACGUUAGCUGGCUAGCCCAUUCCCCAUACAAACUUGUCUGUUGUUUUGGACACCUAGUCGGCGGAUAAGGGUCAACAAAGAGAGGUAUCUAUUGUUUGAAUUUUUUUUUGUGUAAACUUGAGUGUCAUACACAAAGUGUAUCCUACUCACUGACUGGGUUUCCACCACUAGAGUGUGUUGUCACGAUACCAGAAUUUCUUUCGAUUCCAGGUUUAGUAACUCGAUACCAUGGCACUUGAUCCAGACGGAUAACUCUGCUAACGUUACUGCUCUGUUUUAUCGUUGGAUAUCUUUUUGAGUUCAAUAUCAUUACAUUUUAAAUUUGAUGUCAACAUUUUUCAGAGACAGCCAUGUAUGCAUCAAUUAAUAAAUUGUACAAUCAUAAUUAAUUUGACUGUUUUUACCAAUGUAACUACAUAACGGUAAUCAUGUAUUUGAAUGGUAAAUCUCUAUUGGUAAACAUGGUAAAUCAAGAUGGCCUAGGGCCUAUUCACAAUACAGGUGAAAGCAUAUUCAAUGAGUAAGUGCAUACAUUGAGUUAUUGUGCUUGUUUUCACUAUUCAAAUCCAAUUGUAUUUGUCACAUGUGCCGAAUACAACAGGUGUAGACCUUACAGUGAAAUGCUUACUUACAAGCCCUUAACCAAUAAUGCAGUUUUAAGAAAAUACUUUUACAAUUAUUUAAUGUGGCUACAGAUGACAAUCUGUUUCCCUCCCAUUUGUGACUUAUUUUAUUGUACUGAUAAACAUUUACAAUCUCUUAUUUUAUCAAAACCAUUAAUGAAGUCAUUCAUGACGAGACAUAUAGGUAAUCUGUAAAUUGUAAUUACUUCGCCACUAUGGCCUAUUUAUUGCUUACCUCCCUAAUCUUACCUCAUUUGCACACACUGUAUAUAGAGUUUUUUUUCUAUUGUUAUUGACUGUACGUUUGUUUAUUCCAUGUGUAACUCUGUUUGUGUCGCACUGCUUUGCUUUAUCUUGGCCAGGUCGCAGUUGUAAAUGAGAACUUGUUCUCAACUGGCCUACCUGGUUAAAUAAAGGUGAAAUUAAAUAAAAAAUAUGCCCAUAUAGUCAGUUGAGGAAGACGUUACAGAUGGUGGGAAAGUAUCUUUGGAUGUGAUGCAGAGACGAUUAAGUGGAUUAAUAAAGUUUUUGGUGACACCGCUUUGAAUUCAGCAUAUUUUGCAUAAUGAUUUGCAUUAUAUCACAAAGUACUAGGGUUGUGAAUUGUUUGAUGUUAGCUUCAGCUGUAAGCUAGCAAUGAAAGUUAACCUACAAUUACAACUGGUAACUACCGGUAUUUUCUUGCAUUGUAGAAGGUUUCUAGCCUGUAUGGACAUUGUUUUGUGAACAGUUUCUACAUGCCGUGUUGCAUUAUUCAAGUGUGGUAACUUCUGUGCAACAUGAGUGGGGAGCUAGCAAUGAGUAAAUGGAGCAGGUAAGAGGCAUGAACGGUGCGUUCACUGCAGAAGGGGACAUCGGCUGCGCUGAUAGACUUCAUCCUCUCAAUCAUUAUACGACGUGAGACACAUUUGACAGAAGUACAGAAAGCAACAAAUUCUAGUACCGAACCAUUUUUCAUGUUCUAGUAUCGAAGUUUCAGUAUACCGUGCAACACUACACUACAGAGGUACAACCAAAGAGGGUGACCAACCAAUGAGCAUUCUCAUUGGUUGAGCUUUCUGUUCAAAUUGAAUAAGCUGUUCAAUAUGUCAUUCAAUAACAGUCAAUCCCUCCUAUCAAUAUCUAGUGGCAGGUGAAUUGACACUGCACUGUUUGCUUAUCAUCAAAUGAAAGUAAUGCAAUAGUUUUUGGUCCAGACCAGCAGACUCCUCUGUUUAUGUUCCUUUCAGGAUGUCCAAAAUUGAGCGUCUGAAUGCCCGUGUGGCGAAGCUGCUGACGGUGGCAGUGCAUGAAGUUCUGGAGGUGGUGAAAGAGACUGUGUCAGAGUACCAAGAGAAAACAGCCAGAACUCAGAGAGAGAAUGAGAGUCUGAGGAGAAGACUGCAGGAAAUGCAGGACAAGAUGAAGAGAGAGAACACAGCUGCUAAACUUGCAACAUUUCCUGCAACUGGUGGCCAUGGAAGAGCGGCCAUCGAGAAACUGUCAGAGCAGGGUUGGAGCCCUAGUCUAGGGCAGGACAGCCCAGAGCCCACACAGGUAGAUGAGAAACCAGCGCUCACCUUCGAACAGACUGUGAGACUAAGGCAGGAGGAGGAGGAGUACAAUGCACUGGAGCUGGAUCAAACAGCACACUAUGAGACAGAGUGUAACUUUACCUUAACCUUACCCGGGCAUCACGAGGGGGUGGCACAGCAAUCAGAUGAAGCCAUUUUGGUCCACGUGCCUCAGGGUGUGAAAAAUGACUCGCACUCAGACUUUGAUAGCACUUCACAGGGAAACACCCAGCUUGGCAUCAAUCUGACUGUUAUCAAGACGGAACCCGAGCCCACCGAGUGCUCAGCACCCGAACCGUUGACUAUCCCGGAGACCUUUGAUUGUGUCGAUUUAAGCUGCAAUUCCACACGCUACGACCCAACAACGAAUGCUCACAAGUCUCAUGUGAGCACUGGACCAUAUAACGAACUCGUAUUCGUCCACUCGAGUCACAACAGCGUCGGGAGGAGGUUUGGGUUUGGGAAAAACAGCAGGGACGGGAGGAAACACCAUAGGCAACACUUCAGGAGGGAUGAGCCGCACAGCUGCUUUGUGUGCGGCAAGACGUUCAGCCGGGUGGGGAACCUGCGUAUCCACCAGCGCUGUCACACGGGCGAGAAACCCUACUGCUGCCUUCAGUGCGGUCGGUGUUUCAGUCAGGCCGGGGACCUCAAAAAGCACAAAAGGGUCCACACAGGGGAGAAGCCAUACUAUUGCGGCCAGUGCGGCAAGAGCUUCAGCCGUGGGGAGAACCUAAAGAGGCAUCAGAAGAUCCACAUCGGAGAGACCUUACACCUGCAGCAGGCAUGGAGAGAUCAACAGUCGAACUAGGCGUUCAAAGCAAUCUUUUGAGAAAAAACUAUAUAAAUGCACAUACAGUGCAUAUGAAUGACUAUAUGAAUGCACAUGCAGUGCGUGGUACUGAAAUUAACAUAAGAUCUGCAGUGCUGAAAAAGUAAAGUGAUUGGGUCAUACUCGUGGGUGGAUUGGCUGGUUUAUUCAAGUUAUCGAUUUAGUCAAUGGGUAACAUGUAUUUUGACCAUUAGUGGAUGGCAUACCUUUGAUCCACUGGAGUGUUCAUUAUUCAAUAGGCAAACCUCUUAUCACUGGCUUUUGAAUAAGAGAGUACGGUGUGAGCAACAAAAUAAUGUUUUGUACACUGAAACAUUUAUCUCCUCUGUACACAUACAGGAAAGGCUUGGAUGUUGUGUGACAAAUAUCUAGCAUUACAACAUUGUGUUCAUGAUGAUUAAAGAGAGAAGUGAGCAAACUGA